GUCUCACCCCGUUGCAUUGUUUUUUAUCCUUUUUGCCAACUUCCACAACUUAAUCUUCCACCAUAAUGUCUUCCAAGCAACUCACAAGAGAGCAACAAGAAAAGUUGUCUCAUAUCUCUUUUAUGGGAGGUCUCAAAGGAGCCGCCUUUGGUUUGGGUCUUGGACUUAUUACCACUGUGGUCGCUCAGAAGCGAUCUCCCAACUUCCAAGCAAUUUCAACACCUAUGAAGUCAAUGUUGCUGGGCUCUGCAUCUGUUGCUGGAUAUCUGUUUGGUUCGGAGCGAGAUGCUACAAAGUACGAAAAUGCUGAAUAUGGCUAUUUGGACGAAGAAGAACUUAUGAAAUUAGCAAGAGAAGAUGGUGGGGACCGACUCACUGCCAAGGACAGCAUCGUUCAUUACUUGAACUCCAACAGAUGGAGCAUUAUUGCUGGUUCUUGGCUUGUUUCGAUGGCUGGCGCCCUUACGUACAGCUUCUCUAACAAGUACCUAACCACACAGCAAAAGGUGGUGCAAGCAAGAAUGUACGCCCAAGCAGUCACAAUUGCGGUACUUAUGGCGUCAGCAGGCUUGUCCGUGUAUGCUGGUGAUGAGGACAAGCACGAAAAGGACGAGCCUGAUGCCCAGCUUCGUGCUGUUUUGGAACUUCCUCAUGCUGAAAGACCAAAGCGCCAGUAAACUAGUCCAACUUCAAACUUUCUACAGCUUAUAGAGAUUAGGGGUGGUCGUUUUGCUGAACAUGACACCCCAAAGUACGAUAUCAUGUAUAUAAAAAAAAGCAGGAAAUGAUAACAUAUGCAUUACAAAACA